AUGAAUGCUCGAGAGGGCUGCUCCUUCACAACCGUAACCAAAGAAAACGAAGAAAACAGCAAGGAAACUCAUUCUCUCUUCCUCAAGCGAAUCAGAAGAGGAGGGUUCGCUCCUUCUCCUCCACCUGUUACUUCUAUUCCUCCCAUUUACACUACAAUCACCUCUCAACCUUUUUCUACAAUUCCACUUCCUCCACCUAUUUUCUCUGAAGCUACAACCACAACAACAAUUGGAGUUCAGACCAACGUAUUUGAUACGGGGGUUCGUUCUUUAGCACCCGAAACCACUACCACCACCAAACCAACCGAAAUCCCAAUCUUUUCAAAACCGCCCUCUCCUACCCCCACUACCGAAACAAACACCGUCCUUGGUGGAGAUGAUGUUGAUAUGGACACCUUUUACUAUAGUCCUUACAGGGUCCAAAGUGAUGAUGCUCCCAUGACCAAGAAGCAUCUGAAGGAGCUAAAUGAAAAUAUAGAUAAUCUGAUUGUCUCUUCCUCAUCUCAAGAUCUCUACACUGAAGCUGCAAUUCAGGGCAUGGUUGAUACCUUUGUCAAGGCUAAUGAAGCUUCCAUCUCCAAGGCUACAGCUGCAAUCGAAGCUUCAACCAAAGGUGAAGCAGAGCUGAAUGCAAACAAGGUGAAUGCUAUUGUAAAAAAGUUUAUUAUGUCCCUAGAAACUGAGAAGCAACACUUUGCCACCAUGCGCCAACAAAUCCAGUCAGACAACAAUGCACUACAAAACUCUAUCAAUGAGCAUCUCUCGAAGGUAUAA